AUGAAUGAAUGCAACAUUACACAAAAUAGAGUCAAAAAAGAUAGUGGAGGUUACUGGGUUCAAGAAAUUACCUCUGAUUCAUACAUCACUUGUGUCAAUGUUGUUGAAAACAAUCAAUCAUCAGGUACUUUUAAUUCCCACAGAUCUUCUUAUUCUUAUUCAUCAAAAUUUAAAGUUACUUCAUGUAAUUAUAUAAGAAAUAAAAGUCCAGAAGAAGGUUAUCUGAUUUCUUCUUUUUGUGAUGUUUUCAUGAGUUAUUGUUGUAUUCGUCAAAAUGAAAUUAAAUACAUUUUUAGGGCAUAUUCAAAAACAAUAACAUUUGAAAACUCAGCUACAGAUAUCAUUAAAUCAACAGAUACACCACCAAUAUUUAAGAACACAAAUAUAAAUGAAUGUCCUUUAUUAGACUCUAUUCCAACAAAAGACAAAUUCGAAGAAAACGAAAUAGAGCAAAACAAUUUUAUCAAUAUCUAUAUUAAAAAAAUCUUUCAUUUAAAAUAUUUAUUUUCUUUUUCAUCAUCAUAG